GCACCCUCUUCUCGAUCACCUAGAAUUAAACAACAAUGCCACUCAAUCAACUCGCGCACACUAUACUUGAGCUAGCAUUCACGUUGUCUUGAAAAACGUGCCCUGUACACACACAUCUCAUAUACGUUGACGCCAUCUCACUCAAAAACAAAAAUCCCCAAAUUUAAAUCAAAUCAAACACACAGACCCUAAUAAUCCCCCAAUCUCAGUUCAAUUCACACCCCUCACACUCAAGUUCGCCCCAAAAAACCCUAAUUCGCUACUCAAUUCACUCCCAAACGCUAUCAAUGCGAUCAAUUUACAAGAACUAGGGUUUUUUCUCGUAAAGAUCCGGCUUUUAUUAAUGGCGGCGCCUCGAAGCUUGUUGAUCGACACGAGCCGGCUGGUUGUGGAUGAGAACGGUGAAGACUCGCCGACGACGAAGAAACCGGUCGGCGCCAAGGCGGUGGCGGUGAAUAGGUGGGAGUUCGUGGCGGCGUUCGCCGUGUUUACGGUGUUUAGUACGGGACUGUUUUGUAUUUACUUGACAAUGCCGGAGGCGGAGUAUGGGAAGUUGAAGGUGCCGAGAACGAUAGCUGAUCUCCGUUUGCUUAAAGAGCAUUUGGCAUUGUAUGCAAACCAUUAUCCAGCAAAGUUUAUCCUGGGUUAUUGCGCCACUUACAUAUUUAUGCAAACAUUUAUGAUUCCUGGGACCAUUUUCAUGUCGUUGCUAGCUGGAGCUCUCUUUGGUGUUAUAAAAGGAAUAUUCUUGGUUGUUUUUAAUGCCACAGCCGGAGCAUCAUCCUGCUAUUUUCUGUCCAAGUUAAUUGGCAGACCAAUAGUCAACUGGUUAUGGCCUGAAAAGUUGAAAUUCUUCCAGGGAGAGAUUGCAAAGCGUAAGGAUAAGUUGCUCAAUUACAUGCUUUUCCUGAGAAUAACCCCGACCUUGCCUAAUCUUUUUAUAAAUUUAGCAUCACCAAUGCUGGAUAUACCAUUUCACGUGUUCUUUACUGCCACUGUGAUCGGCCUUAUUCCAGCUUCAUAUAUCACUGUUAGAGCUGGUCUUGCUCUUGGGGAUCUGAAAUCCGUCAAAGAUUUAUAUGAUUUUAAAACCUUAUCUGUGCUUUUCCUCAUUGGUUUUUUCUCUAUACUUCCAACAAUUUUAAAGAGGAAGCGAAUAUAUGAAUAAGAAGUUAAUAUGAACCCCCUGCUAUCAUUACAAGAUAGUUUUCGUACUGGGUAUGUGAUCUGAUGCUUGUGUUGUCUAACCUGAGGAAGAACGUGUUUGACCAUGUGUAAAGCCAGUCUUGUUUGAUGCGGCAGCACCCUGCAUUGCAGGAAAGCAUAUUACUUUUAUGACAGGUCAUUACUGUAAAACAUACAGAAAAUAUAUUUUUGCUACAUCUGUAUGUUACCCACAUUAUCUGCCUUGUGAUUUUUGGACAACUGGUUACCAGAAAUCCUGUAUUUUAUUGGUAGGUAUCAUAUUGAUUGUAGCAGCUACAUGAUACAUAUAUCAAAUGGGUUCUGUUUCAGUUGA